UACGCGAGACACUAUCCCCUAUAAAACCGCUCCGUACUGAGUUCACCUCUCAUUUGCGUUCAUAAACCAUCUACGACACAAGCCUACGAGACUCGCAACUUUGUUACUUCGCUUUGCUGCUACGAAAGAAACAUCAAAAUGAAUGGUUUCUCGAUUCAUAACAACAGCAUAGCCUUGUUGUUUGCAAUUCUCACUUUCUUCUUAAUGACAUCGCUUGUACUUACUGCACCAUUGGAUUCAGAAGAUGAACCAGGAGAAAACACGUUGAUUGGCAGGCCCAUGAUGGGGGAUGCAGACAUGACUUGGGAUGCAAUUAACACGGAUGCACUGCGCAAGAUGCUCAUGCAAUUGGACGCUGAGGAAAGACUGGGAUUGAAUCGUGAGAGCCGAUCCUGGCCAAGGCAGAGCCGUGGUUGGGGAGCAAGGAGCCUGGAUGGUCAAAUUACCAGACCCUGGCGCGCUGACAAGCGACAGGCGCGUUUCCGGCAAUGCUACUUCAAUCCUAUCUCCUGUUUCCGGAAAUAAACAACUUACGAUACAUAACGACGAUUGCCAACAAAAUAUUCAAUAGUUUAUGACCGUUAUAAUGUAAAUAAAUGGAAUUUUAAUUAUUAUAUGAAGUUAACCAUUGUUUUGAGAUGUUCACUUGAGAAGAUUUUGUUUUCUUAUCUUGUGUUUAUAAAUGUCACAAAUUCUUAAGCGUCUUUUUAGCAGUCCAUCAGAACUUGGAGGUUAAAUACUUUCGGGGAGGUCCUGAUUUUAACUUAAUAUACAAUUCACGUUUCUUACUUGUUAAAUUUUUAACUUUAUAUUUCGUAUAUAAUCUUAAAUGUAUUUCAAUGUAGCAACAAUCAGAAUGCGCUCAAGUUUCCCAGAGCACAAUAAAAGUAAGUCACGUACAUGGAACCAUCCCUUUUUGUGACACCUUUCACACGACAUACGUCGUAACACGUAAAAGCCUUUAAAUUUACCCCAUAAUGUUAAAACCUCUAUUUCGUUUCCAUUGUCACAUUUGAACUCAAGUUUACAAAAAAAUAUUGGGAAUAAUAAGACUUCUGUAUCAGAAUAUGUAUUUCGAUGUUACAGGAAGGAAAAUAGAUCUGUCUAUGUUUUGAAAAUCUAUUAGGUACAAUAUAUUAUUCUAAACCAAUUUAGACACAAUUAUAUUUACAUAAAAAUUAAGUAGGAUAAAAUGUUUCGAUUCCUGGAAUAAAGUUGUUGUACUGA